AUGGUGUGGAUUAGUUUGGGUGAGAAGGAGUUGAUAGAGGAUGGGGGGGGGGGGGUUUGGAGGGUUGGGGGGGUGUGGGGGGUGGGGGUGGGGGUGGGGUUGGGGGGGUGGGGUUUUAGUGUGAGGUUUUGUUGGGUUGGGGGAUUUUGGUUUGUUAUUAUUUGGGGGGGGUGGAGGGGGGGGGUGGUGGGUUGGGUGGGUUGGUUUUGGGGGUUUUGUGGAUAUGUUUUUUGUGUUGGGUGGGGGGGGGGGGUGUGUGGGGGGGGUUGUUUGUUAUUUUGGGGGGGUGUGAGAGGGGUUUGGUGUUGGGUGUGUGGGUUUGUGGGUUGUGUGGGGGUGGUUUGGUGUUGUGGUUUUUUUGUGGGGUUGUGGGGGUUUUUAGUGUGUGUAUGA